AUGACGCGUAAUAGGCUUUUUUUCUCGUUUCUUCUUCUACUCUCCUGCAGCGUACUUGUCGGCGCGAAUUCACCAGAAAAGGAGGCGGCAACGCCAAGGAAAGCAGAGGGAGGGCAGCCGCAAUUGGUCUCACCGUCUUCAUCGUCUCCAGGGGAUGAGACGGGUGUGCCGCCCAAAUUGGAACUGGGGGAACUGAGGGACAAAGCAUUGCUGGCAGCAAAGUAUGCCUUUGACAAUACGACAGGGGCGACAAUGCAAUGCAUGCAGGCCAAGGCGGAUGCCGAAGAGGCCAAGAAAUACGCCGAAGAGGCGAAAAAGCUUUUUGGUAAGAUUGGCGGGGGCUAUGUGUCAACAAGUGCUGCUCUGGCGGAUGCAGAGAAGGCUAGCAACGACGCCGACGAGGCGCUGAAAAGCUGUGUGGAGGCGGAAAAGGCUGCUGUUGAUGCUGAUACCGCGGCUUUAGCUGCUCUCCUGGAGGUGCUGCAACAUUCCAAGUUUUGGCGAAAGAACUCUGCAGAUUCGACUGACAAAUUGGCGAAUGUCAGUAAACAUUCGGCGAACGCCAAAAAUGAGGCGCAAAAGGCAGAGAUUCAGGCGGCGAAGGCGGCAGAGGCGGCGAAGAGGGCAGCGGAGACAAAAAAAAAAGCUGCAGCAGCUCUGGAUACGGUCAAGGAAGUCGUUGCGAUGGCCGAGAUGUUGAAGGAAAAGUUUUUUGAGAAUGAGAGGCUGCAAAAGGAAAAACAUAAGGCUCAAUUGGAAGCCGAAAAACGGUCCAUUCAGGAAGAGGUAGAGAAAAAGGAGGCGGAGGCCGAAAAUGCACUCAAUCGCGCUGCUGCGGCUGAGAAACGUGUCGCCGAGUUGGAACUCGCCAGGAAACGGCAGAGCACAGAGCAGGAGAGUGAAGGAAGCGGCCGUAGGCGAGUCAGACGCAGUGGGAGUGACAGCAGCAGCAACUAUGCGCCUGCAUACGCACCACCGCUACUGUUACUGCCUCUGCUUUCUUUCACACUGUUCUGUUUUGUUGCAUGGUGCUAG